CACGCCCAGAGUUCAAUGGGAAUUUUGGAGAAUUCCUGGAGGAGUUUGAGAUAAAAUGAGUCACAUGUGACUGUACUCAGACUGAGUACAAUUAUUAUCAGUGUAAAAAAAACACGGAAAGAAAAUAGAAAAUAAAGUGAAGUUGGCUGCAUUCGACCAGCUGUUUCCGGAGUUGGAAGUUUUUUCGGUUUUUCGCGUAGAGCCAGGAAAAAUGGCGUCGGGGCAGUGCGAUUUGGAUGCAAAAACACGGGAAAGACUGCUGGAGAGGCAGAAAUUCCGAUUGGCGAUGCGAGAGGAGUACCUGAAGCAGGCGACAAAUCCACACAGGGUUGCCGGCGGUGGCUCAGUCUUUGACCAGGGACUCCAGAGAUUCGCAGCCGCUCGGGUGACGCAGUACGAUCACUUCAAGCCCAACUUCAAGACGACGCGAAAGGGCUUCUUCCUGGUGGUGCUACCGAUCUUCUUUACUGCCUGGCUGUUCAAGUCGGACCGUGACCGCAAGGAGCACCAAUAUCGCACUGGGCAGGUGUCCUACCGCGACCGCCAAUUCAAAUUCGUUUAAAUUAUAGAUCAGUGUAUUAGAGUGCCUAGUAAAUGUUCACUUCUCCUCAA